AUGGCAGGACAAAGGAUAACCACUUCCUUAAAACAAAAUAGAGAAGUCAUUGGGUUUUCCAGCAUGAUUCCGCUCCAGCUCACAAGGUCAGGUCAACUCAGCAGUGGCUACAAAAGAACAUUCCAGAGUUUAUCUCUGCUUCGAAUUGGCACUCAGGAAGCCCUGAUCUCAGCCCACAAGAUUAUCUUAGAAGAUGGCAUGCCUCAAUCUCUGGUCUGAGCAGUUGACCGUUUUCCUCAAGAAGGGCAUCGUGCUGCUAUUGAUGACUGGCCA